AUGCCCAGCGCUCCGCAGGCGCCCGCGCGGCGCCCCAAAGAAGCCCCCGAGCCAGGACCCCGCGCUGGCCGCGCCAUGGCGGCCGCCGGCGGGGACGCGGCGCAGGAUGGGUUACAUCCAAGGAAUCUUAUCCCAGAACUUUGUAGGCUGUUUUAUGGUUUAGGCUGGGUAACAGGAACUGGUGGAGGAAUCAGCUUGAAACAUGGGGAUGAAAUCUACAUCGCUCCUUCAGGAGUCCAAAAGGAAAGAAUACAGCCAGAAGAUAUGUUUGUUUGUGACAUGAAUGAACAGGACAUCAGUGGUCCUCCACUGCACAAGAAACUAAAGAAAAGCCAGUGCACACCUCUUUUUAUGAAUGCCUACACUAUGAGAGGGGCAGGCGCAGUGAUCCAUACACAUUCCAAGGCUGCUGUUAUGGCUACCCUUCUUUACCCAGAGAGUGAGUUCUCUAUCACCCAUCAGGAGAUGAUAAAAGGAAUCCAGAAGUGUACUUCAGGAGGCUAUUACAGAUAUGAUGAUACACUAGUGGUUCCUAUUAUUGAGAAUACACCAGAAGAGAAGGAUCUCAAGGAGAGAAUGGCACGUGCAAUGGAAAAGUACCCAGACUCUUGUGCUGUGCUGGUCAGACGUCACGGUGUUUAUGUAUGGGGAGAGACAUGGGAAAAAGCCAAAACUAUGUGUGAAUGUUAUGACUACUUGUUUGAUAUCGCAGUGCAGAUGAAGCAGCACGGGCUAGAUCCUUCAAAACAUCCAGCAGGAGAAAAUGGGAUCUUGUAAAUGUCAACAACAUUUAUACUCAGGUUUCUUACAUGAUGAUGGGAGUUCCAGCUUUCACCCCACACUAUUGAAGCCAGAAGGGGGUGCUGAUCCUCAGCUGAUUGACAAAUGUCAGCAGCAACUUUUAACUGUUAAAUGCACCCAGGAAUUAAAGGAGAGUUAAAAAAACCCAACUACUGAACAAUCAUUGUUGCAAUUUCCAAGUCCUGUCGAAUGCCACAGUAGGAGGAAUGAAAAUUCAGAUGCAAAAAUACUUUGAAAAACUUUGGAGAACUAAUGUCACAUUUUGGUUUUGUGCCUUAAAAAUUCAUAUUUUAACAACCUGCACUUGUUGAUCCUGCCCUAAUGCUACAUCAUUUAACUUGAAAUAAGUCUGCAUAUUUCUGAAAGUUAUUGUAGCUUUUAUUCUUCCAGAAAAAAGUGAGGACAACCCCUUAAUUAGAAGUUAAUAAAGUUUAAAGCAUUGUUUGAACUGUUGAUUCCUUCAUACCAUGUUUGUGUUUAUGUUUUUGGGGUUUUUUUUUCUUUUUUUAAAUUAAGCCUGUAGCAUAUGUAUUUUUAAACUCUCCUAAUUGUCAUUAUAAUGAGAAGGAAAUUUUAUAGCAUGUAUUUUGCAGUUGUUACUGAGGGACUGCUCUGGGUCUUACCUUUUUAAAUUCCUUCACUUUGAAUAACAGCUUUGUAUGACCUCUGUUUAGCCCCCACCCCAAGGUAGAUUUAAUCAACCUGCUCAUUAAAACACAGUCUCACAUAA